UGCUGGAUGUAGCCUACAUAGCAGCUCCACAGAUGACUGCUCAGGAAUGAAUGGAUGGAGGCUUACGACGGCAGAGCGGGCGGCGUGAAGGGUUGCCAUGGUUUCAGCGUGCAGUUAUUUGUGUUGGACGAGGACGUCGCAUGCGCUUUCAUUUUUGACAGAUAUGAUUACAUUUGACAACAUGUUCGCUCAUCAAAACUCAGCGACCGUCGGGAACUUAGACGACGAAGAAAGAAGAGCACCUGGAAGAACAUUCUACAUGUUCUUAUUUAGUCGAAAGGAUCUAUGAUUUUUCUAUGGAAAGCACGAAGGAUGAAAUCAGCUGGAAGUCGCAUGGAGUGGCUUGCAGCGCACCUACUUGUACCUGUUGGGUCCAGAGCAAGUCUAGGACAGAUCUCACACCACCACUUGAAGGUACCUCUUGGUCAGCAGAGUGUCAUAAGGACGUCUACAUUACUCAGUUAGUACAGCGACUGGAAAGUCUGCACAUGUCUGUGGUAGUGAACACACAACAGGUAUGUUUGGAAAGCAUUUCUAAUGGCUGUACGGCACAGGAACCAACCACCUGUUGCAGCCAAACAAAAUCAUCCCAAGUCUCAAAGCAACAUCAUAAAACCCAGUUAAGGAUGCUGUCUCACAGAUGGCAGAGGCUUGGUCUUCAGCCUCCAAUCCUCUGGGACACACAAGAACACAUUUCUCAACAUAAACCUGAUGUAGAAACCAGACCAGAACUGGAAAUCCACCCCAUACAGGUCAGCCGCAUUGUUUCUCCAAGGAACGAACGACCAGAUGAGAUCAAGACAAUCAGUAAUUCCCUUUGUAGCAGAUCCAAUAAUGAACCAUCCAUAUCAGUCGAAUCUGAAAACAGUGACCUCUCUGACCAAGAGAAAGACAAUAAACCUAUAUUAAAAUGGGAAACUGCUGUAGAAUUGGACCUGAGGCCGGACUUAUUUGAUAGAGAUCUAGAACCUACAGUGACUGGAGGAGAGCAAGUGUAUCCUGAGGUUCUUCCAUUUCCACUUAAAGAUCUCGACUUUAGUCAAUUCCAAUCCACAGCAGAUGAUUUGGAGAGCCAGCACAACUUGUGUCUAACUGACCCUUGUCUCACAGCUAUGGCUGCACGCAUGAUAAAACUGGAGAAACUUCAGACUGCGACUAUACAGAAAGAACAAGGGAAAGCGGUGAGAUCUCGUCCAGCAACUGCUUUAGUUCGAAGCGCCAACCGUCUGAGACGUGUAGAAGGCCCUUGUUCUCAGGUAGAACACUUGAGGACUAAAGGCAAUAAUUCAGUUUUAGAUAUAGUAACAAAACUCACCCUUUCUUCAAGCUCUCAUUCAAAGUCUACGCAUCAUAAUCACCCCUCGCCAAAUGCUGGAAAGGUGUGGAUUGGAUUUCAGCAACCACCGGCUUUACCUAAGAAACCACAUUCUGGUGUGGUAAAAUUAAAGACGACUGAUGCCCUUGUUCAAGAUCUUGUUGUUCAUUCAAGCAUGUCACAAAAAUGCAGUAGUCCAAAUAGCUUGAAGAGAUGCAAACCCUCAAAGAAAGCCAUGCCAAAGUCUCAGAAGACUUGUAGUGAAAAGACCUGUAGUGUUCCUGCUAAAGCUCUUUGCAGGAAAACAUGAUAUAAUUGUUUUUAAGGGUUUUAAGCUUUAAGAUUGACAGUGUGUAAUUACCUGUGUGCCUGUUACUGUAUUUAAUCUUCCAAAUUCAAUACAAGUUGAGCUCCAUCAACAAAAUUUGUGGCAUGCUGUCAGUU